AUGUGGGGGGGUCUUGUUGAAGCCUGGUGCCUGCAGCAGGUCCCUGCAGCAGGUCCCUGCAGCAGCAGGUCCCUGCAGCAGGUCACAGAGAUGGGGAAGGAUUCCCUCCCCACCUGGCUGCACUGGGACGCCAGCAGCAGGGUCCUGCAGGGUCUACCUUUGGAUGAGGAUAAAGGAGUGAACUACAUCUCUGUAACCAUCUCUAAACACGCCAAAGCCUCCUCAUCCUCAUCUACUUCGGAGGUGUUUUCCAUCGAGGUGCACCCUGAAGACCACCUGGACGCAGAUUCCUCCCAGCUGCUGUCCAACCAGGCUGCCGCCGAGGACCACGGCCAGCCGUUCCUGUGCAGCAACGAGGAGCCGGUCACCGUGCUCACCGUGAUCCUGGACGCCGACCUGACCAAGAUGAGCUCGGAGCAGAGGGUGGAGCUCCUGGACAGCAUGAGGAGCUUCUCUGGGGUGGAGCUGCAGAGCAUGAAGAUGCUCCCUGUGGUCAACAACAAGCUGUUCGACAUGUCCGCCUUCAUGGCCGGGCCUGGAAACGCCAAGAAGGUGGUGGAGAACGGCGCUCUGUUGUCGUGGAAGCUCGGCUGCUCGCUGGACCAGAGCACCAUUCCAAAUAUUAACAGCAUCCAGGGUCCUGCAAAAGAAGGCACGAUGUCAGCCAGGCUGGGAUACCCUGUGGUGGGGUGGCACAUCGCCAACAAGAAGCCCCACAUCGCAAAGCGGGUGAGGCGACAGUUAAACAACACCCCGACACCGAUUCUGGCAGUGCUUCCUCCGACAACAGUGGUGGAGCCACCAGUGAGGAUUAUCCCAACCCUCUCCUCUCCGUCCAUUGCAGCACCUACAGAAAGUUCUACGCUCCCUGUUAGAGGCCCAUUUCCUCUUCCAGGGAAGCCUACAAUCAGAGUCCGUGACCCUAUAGCCCACACUCCAACAAUUGUACCCCCUCAACCAACAAGUGUUAUGGAGACCACCAGCACAAUUUCCAUCCAGCCAACCGUGACCAGGUCUAUUUUUGUGGAACCCACCCCUACGCUGGUCAAAACCACCAAGAAACCAGGAAAGAAGAUCAUGACCACUCCAGCAUACAAAGAUCCAUCCAAGGGGCCCACACGCAAACCGCCCAGAAGUACCACACCAUCACCUGGUGUCGUUUUAGAUCCAAACAAUGAGAAACCAGUCCUGAGAAAUGCCAUUGACCAGGUCAUUGCUUUGGUGGGAACCUAUUUCGAGGUUAAGAUCCCUUCUGAUACAUUCUUUGAUAAAGAGGAUGGAACAACUGAUAAACUACGUCUCAGUCUGAGACAGAACCACAACGAAGUGGUUGGAGAGGGAUCCUGGAUCCAGUUCAACACCACCAGCCAACUCCUCUAUGGCCUUCCAGACGUUCAGCACAUAGGUAAACACGAAUACUUCAUGCAUGCAACUGACAAAGGUGGCCUUAAUGCAGUCGAUGCGUUUGAAGUCCGAGUGAAGCGCUGGCCUGCCAAUGAUAAAACCCCUGUCAUAUUCACGGCUCGCUUCGAUGGCGAUCCGCGCUCUGUCACCAAUGACAUCCACAAGAAGAUCCUUCUGGUUAAAAAACUGGCCUAUGCACUUGGGGACCGAAACAGCAGCACCGUGAGUUUAAGGAACAUCAGCAAAGGGUCAAUUAUGGUCGAAUGGACAAACACCAGCCUUCCCCAGCACCCGUGUCCAAAAGAACAGCUCAUAGUUAUGAGCAGGACGCUUGGCAAUGCUGAUGGAAGACCCUCACAGAAAUUCAGGGACAACAUGGAGCCCGACUUCAGACCACUGGACGUCAAAGUGAAGGGACGAGCAAGCUGCCGAACAUAUUCCUUUAUCCCACCAGCAGAGAUGGAUAUACCUGAACCCCCUGCAGUCACUCCAGGUGUGGGAUCAAGCCGCGACAGCACAGAUGACGUGUACCUUCACACGGUCAUUCCGGCUGUGGUGGUGGCUGCCAUUUUAUUAAUCGCAGGAAUCAUUGCGAUGAUCUGCUACAGGAAGAAACGAAGGGGCAAGCUCACCAUUGAGGACCAGGCCACCUUCAUCAAAAAAGGUGUGCCAAUCAUCUUUGCAGAUGAACUCGAUGACUCAAAACCUCCUCCGUCCUCUAGUAUGCCCCUCAUUCUCCAGGAGGAGAAACCCCCUCUUCCCCCCCCUGAGUACCCCAACAUGGCCACUCCAGAGACCACUCCCCUAAACCAGGAGCUGCUGGGGGAGUACACAGCUCUGCGAGAUGAGGACCCCAACGCACCACCCUACCAGCCUCCACCUCCCUUCACCACUCCCAUGGAGGGCAAGGGUUCCCGUCCCAAGAACAUGACUCCCUACAGAUCUCCGCCCCCCUACGUGCCGCCCUAAGACUUGUUAACCCCUCCCCUGGGAGGGUGGAGGGCAGAAGAUGCCUGAGGAACUGCAGCGGUUUCUAUUCUGGUGUUUUUAUCUGUCUGGACUUUUACUGGGAGAGACAAGAGGUGCUAAAGUACAAAACAGUCACAAGGGACUUUGGUUUGGGAGGGGAGACGUGUUUGGGUGGGACAGAUGGGAUGACUGGUUGACACAGCUGGGAGUGACUACAGCUUUUAAUGGUAGCCCGACUCCAACAGAGGACGAAGCCAAACAAAGUCUGGUCCUGAUGAGCUUCUGGUGUAAGCCAGCUGCUCAGACGCAGCGACCGGGAGGAAAGCCCUCCCUUCUCAGCCUUUUAAGUUUUUCUUAGAUUUGAAUACCGGAUCCAGAUUUUAUUUUUGUUCUUUAUCCCAAAACCUUUAAUUUUUUAUGGGCUAAAGUGUUUGCUUAACAACAUUUCUUGUCUUGCUUUGGAACAAUACGAGACGACAGGGAGCUGUCAGCGGACCACUGCUGGCAGCCACUUGUGAGGUUCCCCCGAUCUCAGAGGGCCUCAGACCUCAGACCGGACCGGCUUGCAGAAAGAACGGGGGGCGGGGGGUGGGGUGAGCGAGCAGGUGUGAGUAUGCCUUUUGAGUCUGUUUCUUCAUUCACAACGUCUAGUAACACAGAGAAUAACAAGGUAGCGUCAAAAGGCGUUGACGAGUAAUAAUUUGUUUUAUUGUUUUAAAGUUGGACUCUUGAUUUGACUGGAUGGAGGAAGAGAUCAAGCAGAAGGGUGGUGCUUUCCUCAAAGUCCAGAUAGUUUUUUAUUCCUGUUUUUGUAUAACACCAAACUCAAUCCGGUCCAACUAACAGGAAAGCGGGCUGCAGGAGGUCCACCAGGACCUUUAAUCUCAGAUCAGUUCUUUAUCUUUCACCGUUUGAUGUGGAUUUCUGAUUUUGAAGCUGAUUUCAGUUCAUACUUUCAUCUCACUUUGGGUUUAUGUGGCUACAAUAAACAGAAAGCUAAGGAAUGACAUUUUAAUCAGUAUUAGAUACGUUUCCAUGGAUACCUUUAUAAACUUAACGCUGACGGGAGGGAAAAUUAAAAUUAAAUGAAACAUUUUAACUGGCAGAGAAGAAGAGAAAUGAACGAUGCAAGCCUUACUCCCAUGCACCAACGACCCCCAGACCAGAGCCGUGGGUCCCAAAGCUGGAGUCAGGCCUCCUGUUAGACCCAAGACCACCAGUGUGGGGGUCCUGAGGUCAUCUCCAGGUACAUUUAGAAUUAAUUCCCUGCCCGCAUUGUUUCGUUAUAUUAGAUAAAUGGUGGAACAAAGUGAGUUUAAUUCACGUGUGCUGGGAUGAAACUACACUGUUGAAGGUCAACCACGAAUAUUUGUGGUCUCCUGUCGGUGAUGUUUGUAUUUGGAGGUCAGAAGAUAAAAGUCUGGGAACCCCGAGGUAGAGAGUAAGUUCGUCCGCUCAGGAUGACCACGCUUUGAGAGAAUCAGGAAGUACCAACACUUCUGUUCAAUGCUGAGCUUCGAUUUGAAUCACAACCGAUAACGGAUUUUCCAGAGUCAUCAGGCAUAUCUGUGUCAUGGGGAUGACUAUUUCCUGAAACACGCCACGCUCCAGUGCUUCCUGAAAGUUUCUCUUAACACCGCAGAGAGUCUGAAUCCAUCCGAGCUGGAGGUGUUGCGAACAAAAUGUCUGCUUUUUUUUUAACAACGCCUGUUUUAAAUUUAACAGAUGGCGAGGGUAUGUCAUCGUGUUUGUGAUACAUUUGUACUGGCUCACAUCUGAACGUGUUUCCAUCACACAUCCAGAAAUAACCCUAACCCUCCAACGCACAAACCACAGCGCCCCAAUGUUCAAAUAUUGAUUCAGAGAUACAAAAAUCUAUAAAUAAAAGAGAAAUCUGCUCCAGUUAUGCAAAGACCGUCAUGGCAGAAACCACUCGGGGCCAUCGGCACCGGAGCACGCAGCGCUGUUGAUACAUUUCAGGAAGUAGACCUCACCGACCUGUAGCUACGCUCUGAUAACUGGAAUAUCUGCAGACAGGCUGGGGUCAAAAUGUGGAAUAAAAUAACUAUGAAUAUUAAUAAUCACAGCGCUGGCCGUUUGGUUUGAGGCUCAUCGGCAGAAGAGUCCAAAUAUUUUGUUGCUUUCAAACGUUUUCUUCAGCGAGGAUUUUUAUUUUCUCACUAAACUUUGUUUUUACAAAUCUUCCUUUUUCACAUCCAGAAACUAUUUGGAUCUAAUGAAGUUAAAAUGGAUACUUCAUUUAAAUAACACGCUGGUAAACUGUGACAUUUAAAUUGAAAUUCAGUCAAAUCUGUUUAAUUAAAACAACUUUAGUCCAUUUUAUCUAAACUAUGUUCACCU